AUGGGAAAAGUUCAUCAACCAUUGCUUUUGCUUGCAACAUUUCUUAUAGUUUUCUCGAGUAUCGGAACCCUAAUUCGGGCCGAUACAAGAAAAAUAGGGAAAUCUAAUGCAGCUUCACCGGAAUCAGAGGGUAUUGAAGGUAAUAACCCUUUCGAUCCCAUUUACCACCCGGAUUCUGGAGCUGGUUUCCAGAAUACGGGUGAUGCUAAAGAUGGGUCGAAAAAGGUAAUUGGUGAGAAACCUGCACUGUUGUUGCAUCUAUUCCCAUUCCCCGGCUUCCCUCUUGGCCUCGGCUCCCCUCUGGGCCUCGGCUCCCCUCUGGGCCUCGGGUUCCCUCUGGGCCUCGGGUUCCCUUUGGGCCUCGGGUACCCACUAGGUUGGUUGGGCGGUAUUGGAGGGUUUCCGGGCGGUAUUGGAGGGUUUCCAGGCGGUAUUGGAGGGUUUCCAGGCGGUAUUGGUGGGUUUCCCGGUGGUAUUGGUGGGUUCCCUGGUGGGUAUCAGGGUUGGUACCCAGGAGGUCCCGGCGGAUACCCAGGAGGUCCUGGCAGGUACCAAGGCGGUCCUGGCGGGUAUCCAGGCGGUCCCGGGAGGUACCCAGGCGGUCCUGGCAAGAAUCCGGUAGUUGGACCCGGCGAUGCAGCCAAACCGAAGAUACGUGUUUCUAUAUCAACUGGUCAUAUGAUGGGCAUUGAUCCUCUAGAUAUUCUGUAUCUUUCUCCAAAAUUGAGAAAGCAGGAGAGAGAAUAA